UUAGAAGUCAAGCGGGAAUCAUUCAAAAUGGCGGAUGGUCAAGAAAACCUCCCUGGAAACCGGGACCAAGGAGGUGACGGCAGAAUCAUGGACCUGAGCAGACGAGGCCUGUCGAGGAUUGAGCUGCCUCCUGGCUCGUCGCCCGUCACUCUCAUACUGGACAAGAACAACAUCAGCAGGAUAGACAACCUACAGACUCAGGGACAGAUCCAGCAGCUGUCUGUAGCAGGAAACAGACUUGUGCGGAUGGUGGGAGUUUCCCAGCUGCCCUACCUCCGAGUUCUCAACCUGCCCAACAACAGUAUCGUCACCAUUGAAGGACUCAAACAGCUACAGCAGCUGGAGUGGCUCAAUCUGUCAGGAAACAGUAUCAAGGACCUGAGCCCCCUGUCCCCGUGUAUGGGUCUGACCCACCUGGACGUGUCAGACAACAGCAUCUCCAGUAUAGCAGACCUCUCCAGACUCACGGGACUCAAGACGUUACUCCUGCAUGGAAACAUCCUGACAACCCUCCGGUCCGUGCCCUCCAACCUCCCUCCCUACAUCAACAUUCUCUCCCUGGCUGAGAAUGAGAUCAGUGACCUGAAUGAGGUGUCGUACCUGCUGUGCCUUCGCCACCUGGAGCAGCUGUCAGUCAUGAACAACCCGUGUGUGCUGAUAUCUGCCAUCCUGCCUCAGUUUGAGUAUCGUCCCUUCAUCAUCAACUGGUGCCUGACACUACAGAUCCUGGAUGGACAGCCCAUCUCACGCAAGGAGAGUUUGAAGGCAGAGUGGCUGUACAGCCAGGGGAGGGGCCGACACUUCCAGCCCGGCCAGCAGGCAGAACUAGCAGAGUACCUGUCCACGGUCUGUCCUCCUAGUGCUCAGUCACAGUUCCUGUUUGAUGACAGUAAGCUGCAGAAGGUUCUGUCCCAGCAGCAGCUGCACCAAUACCAGCUGCAGCACCCGCAGCUCCGCCCCCAGCAGCCUGCACGCCCGGCCAAUCAGAGCUCACCCAGGGGUCAGAGGGCACAGCCAGCCAAUCAGAGCUCACCCAGAGCUCAGGGGAGGCCCAGGACAUCACCACAGUCACCUGAGAGGUCUGGUGCUGGGUAUAGCCUGUACUCCCCUCCCAGAUCAAGGUCUCCCACUGCAAAAACAAGAUCUCCCCCCAGACGUGAGUUGAGCCCUGGCCAGCCGAGGCCAGCGUGGGAGAGUUACAGCAGCCUGAUGUCCAGCCGGGGGGCACAGCAGCUGUACAGGCACAACGGGGUCAGCAACGGCGACAUCAGGGUGCACGACAUAGAGCCUGUUCCUGACCUGAACACCAGCCAGCUGACCUCUGACUCCUACUACAUCCCUGUGACCCCUGACCGUCGACCUUUGACCACUCCACCCGAGGAUGAGCUGUCGUUUGCAGACAUCAUGGAGAUCCAUCGUGCGAAGUACCAGCGUUCAGCGUCGGCAUUAGAUUCCCCUGUCAGACGGAGCCCACGAAGUCCGACAAAAAGUUACGCCAGCAACUACGCAAUGUACCAUGGGAAGAGUCCACUGAGGGAUUAUGGGAAUGAAGAUGAGGAGCGUUAUGGGAUGCCGGAAGCAAAGCAUUAUGGGAGGGUGGAGGUGAGAUCUCCAAGGUCAUCCCCAAGGUCAAAGGAGAGAAGGUACGAAAGGUACGAUGGGAGGCCGGAAGGACAGAGGAGAGAGACGUCUCCACACUUGUCUCCUCCGUCAAGAGUGCCCAGGUACGACACACCUGACUCCCGACAUGCAGCAGGGGUAAGGAGCUCACCAGAAAGGCACAUGAGAGGUACAGAUGAGAGGCUAUCCCAGCAUGUUUCACCCAGAGCGAGACAGUCACGGUACGAUGCUUACGAUUCUCAGGCUGUUGGCAUGCCGAAGAACAUUCCAGCAUCCACUGACUCUCCAGCAAAACCUAUUUCUAUCCAAGAUCCGAGCUCAGGUAGGAGUGCCUUCAGAUCACCAAAGCCAAAGUUGCUCCAAAGUUCCGAUACCUCUGCCUAUGCCACGUAUGACGCCAGACCUGUCGGACACCCACCCACAGCGAAACCAACAAUGAACAGUCCCCUGACCACAAAAGUUCACUCCCCUGUUCCCGUGAAGCACAAACCAAAAGUGAAAAGUCCCGGCAAGAGUCCGAUCAGUCCAAAAAACGUCAGCAAGAAACGGAUGUUUCCUUACGAUCGCAAGCCAAGCACCGACAGUGACUCUGAGAACAUAAAACCCGGCGAAACCCUCCCGGCAAGAGAACUGUCUCAUGUCAAGGAUAUCGUCUCAGGGAAGAGGAUAAAGAAGGCGUUAACCCAGCCCGAGGAAGAGAGAAGAGGCACAGAAGACCUCAGCCCCAUGCUGGGGAAGAAGAGCGAGCUUCCCAAGUGGGCCCAGCUGGAGGGGGAGCUGAAGAGUUCGUCCAGUUUUGAGAUCAGCUACGACCAGAUUAAGAAGAUCACCGACCAGGAGGUCAAACAGACCAAAGCUGCCACUCAAAUCCAGUCAUGGUGGAGGGGUGUGCACACCAGACAGACCAGCCCGCGGGUGGGGAAGGUACGGAGCGAGAUCCGGGCCAGACGGGCGGAGGACCACGUCAGGAGACUGGGAGCUGAGCUGGACAAGUGUAAGCAGCAGUAUGAACAGGAGCGGCAGGUGCGACAACUGCAGAUGGAGGCCAUCAAGUACCUCUGGAUGCAGGUUCAAAGCCUUCAACAGUGGCGGGAAGAACAACUAAAGAAGGAGGAAGACGUCAAGCGAACACUAAGAAAAUCCAUCGAGAAAGAAAACUCAGAACAACAAGAAAAGACAAGCAGCACCUCCUCCGAAUCCUCCCAGGUUGAGUCUGGAGGGGUGGGAAAGGGGAGGACUGAGUCAGUGAAAGGGAAGGACAGGUUGGGAGAAGUGGGACCAGGUGAGACGUUCACAGCCAGCCCACGGCAGACAGACAAGGAGAGACAGCUGGAGAACAGGUGUGCUGACCUACAAAGACAGGUUCUAAGACUCCAAGAGGCUCUGCUAGCUCUGUCUGACCAUGUCUUUAAGGAACAAGACCAAGAGGAAGGAGAACAAGACGAGACAAAUGUUCCUUCGACACCAAAGGGAGACAGAAGCAAAGGAGCAGCCAUGGAGCUGGCCAAUCAGAGCACUUUCAUUCCAACCAAUGGGGACCAGCCUGUCACAGCAUCACCAGCCAAUCAGAUUGGGAGCAUGGUGAUGGCGUCCCCACCCCCUCCCCCGGGCUUCCCCAACCCCCCUCGUGCCUUACGCAUCCAGAAGAGCGGAGAAUCGGGCAUCAUCAUUGCCUGGCAACCGUCACGAGUCCCCGGCAGUCUGGAGACGGUUACGGAGUAUCGGAUAUUCGUGGACUCUAUGCUGAGUGGCACGGUUGAUGGUAAGAAGACCCGUGCCCUAAUCGAGGGGUUAGACCCACAGGAAACAUACAGAAUCUCUGUCCGGGCGGUUUCGAGGGCCGGGGAGUCUCUGGACUCCAACCCUGUGGUGGCUCAGAUCGCCAUAGCAACCUCCAUGAUUGACAGCAGCAGCUCCGACUCGGAGUCGGAGCUCAGCAGAACAGUGGAGGAGGUUAAGGAGAAUCUAUCAGCCGAUCAGAAAGUGCCUUCAGCAGGUGAAGGAAAGACGGCCACAGUCCCAGAAGCAGAGAAUCAUAGAGACUUAAGUGGUACAAAGAGUUCUUCAGGUAAGCCACAAGAAACAAACAUUCCAGACGUUACAAAAAGUGCACAGAAAACAAACAGCAAAGAACAGCCACCACUUCCCUCUGCUCCAGUCCAGCCAACAAAACAUGAAGAAAAUGCAGCAAUCGUCAAAGCAUCAGAAAAAAUGACUGAAGCUGCAGAUGAACAGAAACAGGAAGGUCCUGAGUACAAACCCGUGAGGCAGGAGAGCAUUGAUAUUGAGAUUGUUGAGGAGAGAAGACCUUCACAGCAGCUCGACGUGGUACAGAAACUCCUGCAGGCCAUCAAGGCAGAAGACGACCAGGACAGCAACCGUAGUACCCCUGUAUCUGAGCCAGACCCAGUUAAACUAAACCUGGACCAGAUCGAGGACUCACUGGACUCCUCCAUAUCCGAGCUGCAGAAGAGUCUGCCUGCUUCACCCAAACAGAAGUCAGCCCCUGAUUUGCCACCAGCAGGAUUCUUCCAGGCAAACAUAGCCCGGCAUUCUGCAUCGCCUGAUUCUUCACAGUUGGACUCGGAUUUGGUCCUGCUAAGUGAUUCCCUGAGCAGCUCAAUUGAAGUAGUCAGGGAAACACUUAAGAAAGAAGAUAAGACUUCUCCUGAGGCAAGCUUGCAAGGAGACUCCUCAGACUUGCAAGGAAGCAGUAACCAUAGUGACCAAGACAGUGAACUGUCUGCUCAAGAAAGUCAGCCUCCCCCACUUCACAGCAUCUUGCAGUCAUCUCUAAGAAAAUCAGCAUCUUCAAAGGAUCCCCUUGCAAAGCCUACCUCCGACAGUUCCUUCCAAGACUCGGGCAUUGCAAGCCCUUCUCUGUUAGAGAGUCCUGUGCAGCAAAACAUUGAAACAGCAAGGAAAAUCUCAGAGGACAGUUCUGAGCAAGUGUCAGGACAAACUUUGCAAAAAGAGAAAGAUGUAAAAUCUGCAGAGAAGCCACAAGAUGACCAGGCGAUGGCAGCUCGCCCGAGUGAAGCAUCACUCCAUACAGCAAAACCGCAACAACAAGCAGUUGAUUUGCUAGAGUUUUCAACUGUAAGCAAAUCUGAGCCAAUCUUACAACCAGAGAAGUCACAGGCAGCUAUGAAAGGUGUCAGUUCUUUGCCUCUGAAACCAGAGACUGUGCAAAGUCAGACACAACAACUAGGACUACCCAGGCUGAGUGUAGGGGUGUCUCCAAGUUCUUCUCUCCAGACAGCCAGCAAGUCUUCAGAGGAGUCCUCACCUUUAAAUCCUGCAAAGGAAGCUGCCACAGCACCUACAAGACGUCCUGUGAAGUUACAGACAUCUCCAAGAGACAGGUCUGUGUCAGAAGGUGAACAGGCAGGUGCUUCAGGCUCAGACAAGAGAGCUAGCGCUGGUGGGACUUUGUCCAGGGAAAGGACUGUGUCUACGGGAUCAGAAAUGGAUGAUACUCCCUUACUUCAUUCCCCCACUGCCAUUCCACGUCCAGUUCUGUUCAAAACAUCACCCAGGAAAGACAAGUCAAGCCCACUGUCAACAUCUGUGGAGGAUUUGACCUUGGCAGCCCGCACAGCACGUUCAAGGUCAUCCUUUUCUCCGACCAAGAGUCCCGUCCGGUCGAGGUCCAUCUCUCCCAACAAACCAAUCAAAGGCAGCCGCAUCCCCGUCCGCAGCAAGUCAGAGAAGGAGUUGAGCAAAACCUCCUGAGUCAGCCAAUCACAGGAGGGUUGGCAAACUUUUGACCAAUCAGGAGGCUGAAACUUUCAAAACCAGCCAAUCUAAAAGCAGGGGUGGCAAACUUUUGACCAAUCAGAACACUGAAAUGUUUCUAUUCAUCCAAUCACAAAGCUCAGAAUUUAGAAGAUGAAUUUGAAAUUGUAUAUAUCUUGUGAUCCAAAAAAUGGAUUUCAGACCAGUUACAAACCACUACAAAUAUUCUUAAAAAGAGCAUGAGAAACAUUUUCCCUCUAUUUCCAUGUACAUACUGGUUUUAAAAAAGCCUUGUAAUUUCUUUUGAAAUUUCAUUGGUGUGAAAAAUGUACUACUAGAUAUCUUGGUUGUCUUCAAGUUACUGGUAUGACCCAAACUAUCCAAACACGUCUGGAAGGUUUAUUUGUUGCACACAUUUUCGUUUUGUGGAAAUUGUACAGAAGAAGUUUUUUUUUCUAUCAGAAUUUGAUAAUGGAUGUGGAAAAGUUCACUUUGGUCUUACAGAUAUAAGUAACCACUCCAGAUUACUAUAUACAUAUACCACUGCUAUAUUUUCAGAAGUCACAAUGUACUGCUUGUAUAAUUGAGCUAUGGUAGCUAAUGUGUGUGGUUGCCUUACGAGAUUGUAUUAUACAUAAUCUUGCAUAUGAUUAUGACUGUAUAUAUGAUUGCUGCUACAUGCUACAGUUGAACCAGAGAGUAAGCCACAAAAGAGACUCGAAAAGUUUAUUUUCUGAAAUGACUAACAGAUUGAAGUGAACAAUUUAGGUUAAUACUAGACUUGUUGCAAAGUUGAAAGAUUUUACUGUUGUUUUUUGUGUUUCAUUUGAUAUCAUUAUCAAUGUAUAGCUUAGACGUAACUUUUACUAGGGAAACAUUCAUAUCAUUUGGGGAAGAAUCUAUUACGGUAGUACAUGUAUGUUACUAUCCUCACAUGUAUAUGGAUUACUUUUGGAUCCUGUCAGAAGUAGGGAAUCUUGUUACCUACAUGUGUAUUAGCACAUGCACCACACUGAAGUGUUGUUAGUUAUAAAGAAAUCUUUAAAGCUUAAUGUGGAACUGUUGUGCCUACCCAGUGUCUUAUAUAUUGUAUAUAACUGGCAAAUGUAACAUUAUUAA